AUGUCUAUGCUUCGCAAUGUCUUUGGAGGAUGUGUAUCCGAUAAGAGCACAGAAAAUGUAAAGAACCAAAAACUUAAAUUUGGUGUUCCCCUUUCAGUUGCAUUGAAACAUGGCUACCUACCCCAUCCAUUUGUGGAGCUUCUAGUCUAUAUAGCCAAAGAAGGGGUCGCAACAACUGAUUUAUUUCGAAGGCCGGGCAACCCAAACGACACACGGCGUAUUGUUAAACGUUUACAAGAAGGAAAACCUGUGGUAUUUGCCAAUUACAACUUUUAUACUUUGGCAUCUGUAGUCAAGAAAUUUAUAUUGAAAUUACCUGGUGGAAUUUUUACGCCUGAAGGAGAGGAAUAUUUACUUGAGGUCCUUACCAUGACUCGUCGUUUUGAACAGUGUCAGCGGGUCAAUGAGUUCAUAAAAUCCUUAAGUGUUGGUCACCAACAACUUGUUUCUCUUCUAUUUGGGACGUGGUUUCGGAUUGUUAACCAUUCCGAUGUCAACUCCAUGUCAGUGGAAGCACUGGCUCGCAGUGUCGCUGGCAUACUUGAGAGUUCUAGUAAGUUUGAAGAAAUUUUCUACUCUUAUCCCUCUGUCUCACCUUCCCUUUCUUUUACCUCCCUCCCCCUUCUUUAUCAUUACCCUCUCCACCCCUCCAUUAUUUAUGUCCCCACUUCCCCACCCACCUUUAUUUCCCUCCACACUUCACCAAACCCAUCCACACUUCCCCACCCACCUUUAUUUACAUCCCCUCUUCUCACCCCUCCCCAUUCUGCAUGUGUUGUGGGUGGAAAACAGCUUCUGAAAACUUAA